AAAUUAUUUAAAUAAAGUCAAAUAAUUAGCUAGAUCUUAAACAAAAUGUUCAACUUGAAGUUGGAAAAAGAUAAUUAGAAGUUAAAUUAAAUAAUAUAGGAUUAGAAAUAACAAAGGAAUAUUAAAAAGAAUUAAAUAGUGGAACAGAAGAGUUAAGUUUAAAAGAAAUGGAUAUAGACAUCUUGAUCAAAAUUGUUCAAAAUAUGUUUUGAUGAGAAAUAGAUGAAAUAGAUAUGUAAAUGAGAUGUGGAUAUGCCAAGAAUGGGAAAUCUUUACCAUAGAUGAAAAAGAUAAUAAGGCAAAAGAGGAUCUUAAGUAAUUUAGAGAUGAG